AAUUCUACAUGUGUUGACAAUAUAAGAACAAUAUUUGGUGCUUCUAUUGCCAGAGAACUAUUAGAAAUCGAGCAUGAAGAUAAGAAAUUAAGUUAUAAGGUUCAGGGACAUGUGACCAAUGCUAACUAUUCUAUGAAGAAAUCUGUAUUUUUACUCUUUAUUAAU